AUUGAUUCGAAUGCGUAAAACGUCGCAUAGUGAUUGUUAAUGGUGUUCUAAAAAACGUGGACCUCACUCGUUGUAAAGAAAGCUGUAACUUUUCGAACUGUUUUGUUAUUUCUUACAUAGGAAUUUUUUCCAUAGAAGGUUUAGGGCUGGAGGAUAAAUUGCGUUGUCAGGUGAGAUUUGAUAAUCAUGGUUGGACCAAAUAUUUCCUUGUGACUAACCGUCCCGGAGGGUGGAGUGAUUCCAACGCAAAGUGCAUCUUUCAGAACGCCUUCCGAACACGAGCGUACAAAUACAGAACUCGCGACGCUGUGUAAGGUGUAUCCCGUGAACCCCGUAGCAGGGCCCGGUGCGGCACGAUCCGUAUGGGAGUUAAGUCCCGAUCCCGACAUGGUCGGGCAUCUACCGAACAAUCCUAUAUCAGGUCAUCAGAAUCAUGGUUCGAGGAAAGAUACGCAACACAGGCAUCGUCCCGAUGACAAUAUCUAUGCUGACGAAACCAGUACUGGUCAGAGUCCCACCGAUGAAACCAAACGAAUCUUUGAACUGCUCAGGGCUGGUGAAAUUGAGGCAAUCGAAGAAUUGGUCGAAAAGAACGGAUUAAACAUACUCAUCGCAAGAGAUGAAUGGGGAUAUACACCUGCGCAUUGGGCUGCUUUGGAUGGCAAUAUUGAAGUCAUGCGGUAUUUAAUAGAACGAAAUGGGCCUGUCGAUUUACCAUGUCUUGGCACGCAAGGACCCAGACCAAUACAUUGGGCUUGUCGGAAAGGGCACAGCGUAAUUGUACAAUUAUUAUUGAAGGCGGGAGUUGCAGUCAACACAGCUGACUUUAAAGGCUUGACACCUCUGAUGACCGCUUGCAUGUUCGGCAAGUUUGCAACGGCCGCUUUCCUAUUAGGAUCUGGCGCGCAAGGACACCUGACAGAUAUAAACGGCGAUACUGCGUUACACUGGGCUGCGUAUAAGGGCCACGCUGAGUUGAUCAAACUACUGAUGUACAGUGGAGUAGAUCUGCAGAAGCCCGAUUAUUUUGGUUCGACUCCGUUGCACUUAGCCUGUCUAUCCGGUAACGUCAGCUGCGUGCGAAUUCUUUGUGAGAAGAGCAAAAUUGAACUCGAACCGCGCGACAAAAACGGCAAAACACCAUUACAACUGGCCAAGAGCCAUCAUCAUUUGGAGAUCAUACGUAUUUUGCAAGCGGAACAGAAGCGGCGUGCCAGAUGGAUACCGCCCAUCAAUGAGCUAUGGGCGUUACUGUUUGGCGGAGCGGGCAAUAGCAAGGGACCUUUGUUGCUGUUUAUGAUAUCUGUCCUAUUAUGGGGAUAUCCAAUGUACUUGUUGAAGUGCAUUCCGUUAACAUGGAACCUUCUGCGUCUCAGUCACUACUUUUUCAUUUAUUGGAACAUCCUCAUGUGGAUUUCAUGGAUUGUGGCUAACAGAAGAGAUCCUGGUUACGUACCGCAGAACAGCGAUACUUACUACAGAGCGAUUAAACAGAUUCCGUACUUCGACAAAUGGAAAAAACGAAAUGUUCUACUAUCCCGAUUGUGUCACAGUUGCAGGUGUUUCAGACCUCUUCGAGCGAAACAUUGUAGAAUUUGUAACAGAUGCGUCACAUAUUUCGAUCAUCAUUGUCCUUUUAUAUACAAUUGCGUCGGUCUAAGAAACAGAAUGUGGUUCUUCCUGUUCGUGAUGUGCGUAGCAAUAAACUGUUCGUUUACCUUAUACUUCGCAUGCUACUGCAUCGCAAUUGAGGGGAUUCAAUUGUUAUACGUUUUCGGCGUGUUAGAAGCUCUCAUCUUUUGCGGACUCGGCUGGAUUCUCACGUGCACCUCGGUUCUACACGCCUGCAUGAAUUUAACUACUAAUGAGAUGUUCAAUUAUAAAAGAUACUCGUAUUUGAGGGACAAGAAGGGCAAAUACUUAAACCCUUUCAGCCGGGGACCCGUGCUUAAUUUCAUCGAAUUUUUCUUUUGUCAAUCGGAUCAUCAGAUGAACGAUCCUCAACAUUAUUAUAUUCUUUCGGAGGAUAUUAUAUAGCUAUACGACGAGUCGUCGUGUGACCUCUUUUACGCACUCUCCUACACAGAGAAGCGUUAAGCACAUCUACUAAGUGCACUGAACAUAAAAGAUAUACUAUUUUUUUCAAUGUAUAUGUAUAUUUGCAUAUUCAAUAUAUUAUACUGUUACCACUCUUACAAAAAAUUCUCUUAUACAAUAGUUUAUGACGUGUAAAUUAUGCUGCUAGAGCACAAGAGCUUGCAAAAGUGUAUAGUUUUAUAAGUUAAAGUUUUUAUAAAAUUGUAAACUCGAGUCUCACAAUUUAUGAAUUAUAUCAUACUGUAUUAAUUACGUGCAUUAAUAAAAAUAUUGACAAUUAAAUAG